CGGCGCGUUUGACGAUCCUCUCCGGAACAGCAGUGAGUCCGAGAGAUCCGCACCGAGCUGCGAGAGUGGAGGAGAGGAGGAGGAUGGGAGCGAGUUUUAGCCCGUUUUGGUGACCCAAAGCUUACAGUAGAGCAGGAUUUUAUUCAACCUCAUCGUAGUUUAGGAAAAGUGUCCCGCAGAGAUGUCGGCGUCGGCGAUAUUCAUCCUGGACCUUAAAGGAAAGGUCCUAAUUUGCCGUAACUACAUGGGAAACAUGGACAUGAACGAGAUUGACCACUUUAUGCCCAUCCUGAUGAAGAGGGAGGAAGAUGCAGAGAUGACACCGCUGGUCAGCCACGGCUCCACACACUUCCUGUGGAUCAAACACAGCAACCUGUACCUGGUGGCGAUGACUAAGAAGAACGGCAACGCUGCUCUCGUGUACUCCUUCCUGUAUAAAAUAAUCCAGGUUUUUAAGGAGUACUUUAAGGAGCUGGAGGAGGAGAGUAUCCGUGACAACUUUGUGACUGUGUACGAACUGCUGGAUGAAGUGAUGGACUUUGGAUUCCCCCAAACCACAGAGAGCAAGAUCCUCCAAGAGUACAUCACCCAGCAGGGCCAUAAAUUAGAGGUGGGGGCACCUCGACCGCCCGCCACCGUCACCAAUGCCGUUUCAUGGCGUUCAGAGGGCAUCAAGUACAGAAAGAAUGAAGUUUUCAUGGAUGUUAUUGAGUCAGUAAAUCUGCUGGUGAGUGCCAACGGCAGCGUCCUGCGCAGCGAAAUCGUCGGCAGCAUCAAACUGAAAGUGGUCUUGUCUGGGAUGCCGGAGCUGAGACUGGGCCUCAAUGACAAAGUGCUGUUUGAGAUCACCGGCCGAGAGAAGAGCAAAGCUGUGGAGCUGGAGGACGUGAAGUUUCAUCAGUGCGUCCGUCUGUCCCGUUUCGAGAACGACCGCACCAUCUCUUUCAUUCCACCGGAUGGCGAGAGUGAGCUCAUGUCGUACCGCCUCAACACAACAGUGAAGCCUCUCAUAUGGAUUGAGAGCAUGAUUGAAAAGUUUUCUCACAGCCGUGUGGAGAUCAAAGUCAAGGCUCGAAGUCAGUUUAAGAGCCGCUCCACUGCCAACAAUGUGUCCAUCAUGGUGCCAGUGCCCAGUGAUGCUGACUCACCCAAGUUCAAGACCAGCACAGGCAGCGCCAAGUGGGUGCCCGAGAAAAACGCCGUUCUGUGGACUAUCAAGUCUUUUCCUGGGGGUAAGGAGUAUGUGAUGCGUGCACACUUUGGGCUCCCCAGCGUGGAGAGUGAUGAACUGGAGGCAAAGCGGCCAAUCACAGUCGACUUUGAGAUCCCUUAUUUUACGGUGUCUGGCAUCCAGGUGCGAUACCUGAAGAUCAUAGAAAAAAGCGGCUAUCAGGCGUUGCCGUGGGUACGCUACAUCACACAAAGCGGAGAUUACCAGCUCCGGACAAACUAAAGGGCACAGAUGCGUCUAGACAAAUGGAUAUUUUCUCCCUCUGUCCGUCUUCAUCGCCCCCCUCCCCGGCGCCCUGUCUGCAGACGACAGGUGCGGGGCAACAUCUAUGAAAUGCAUCCCCAGCAAGUCCAAACAGCCUCUUCCUUUUUUGUUCUCGGUCAGGAAAGAGUGGCGCAUCACCUCUGACCUGUAAUAAGAGUUCCUGGGGACUCCAAUUUUAAUAUCUGAAUAAUGAAGGGACCGUCUGUGACCCCAUCUGGUUCUGGGAAGCUCUCAUUUCUUCCCUUUUUAUUGCCAUAUUCACCUAGAUUUAUUUAGUUCAUAAUAUUUAACAUUAUACUUUUGGAAACCAUCAAUACAUCCAAUAUGAGAUAUGAUGAUAAUGAAAGGAAAUCAAGUGGUUUUUAUAGUUUUGGCAUUAAAUGGCUUUGGGGAAUUUUUCAGGAACAAAUAUUGCUGACUUUGUACAUUUAUUGUUGUUUUUUUUAUAUGAUGUCACAAUUUCUCUUUCUUAAACCAGUUUUUUUUAUUCCUAAUGACUUGCCCCUCUCCUUUAUACCCAAGAAACGUUCUGUUUAGUCAUCUUCAACCUCUCAAUGUUGAGUUUUUCCAGCACUCUUAACACUGUGACCAUACAUCCAAGAGCACAGGAACACCAGCAACCCUGUCAAUGAUUAAUAAGGCCCAACAUUGUCAGAGCCUGUGACAGUGUAACAUAAUAACAGAGACCCAUGGGGCUUAUAACCUUGUCCUUGUUUUGAAAAUCAGCUGUGCAGCUUCGCUGUAAAGACGCCAGGAGCAAGCCCACUUUUUUUAAAGAAUUAUCUUUAUUCCAGCUCAUGCGGGCUUCUGUACUUUAUCAGAAGCGUUUUUGUCUAAGUUCACUUGCUCUGUACUGUACUUCAUCACUUCAGUUCAGCCACACCGCCGAAAACAGCCCAGUCUGUUGUGGGGGUUCAGUUCAGAUAGCAGCGGGGAGGUGGUUGUGUCUUCUUUUUAAAAUUGUGUAUGUUCAUAAUUAAUGUAUCUGCUGCUGUUUGUCCAUGGGGAAUUGAAGGGAUAUAUUUGGAAAUAAACUUGUUUUUGUUAAUGGUU